AUGGAGAAGAGACCAAAGUCUUCUGGUGGCAUCCCUACCGCCGCUGCGAAGUUCCUCGACAGACACCAGCCUGCCGGACAAAGCCAGAAGGCCAAAUUCAACAGAAACGGGUUGCUUGGAGAGAGGAGGAGGAGGAGGAACCGUGACAAAAUCCAGCCCUUACUGGGGCAUCCUGCGCCGCUCUCCCUGCAGGUUGGGACCAACGGGGUCAUCUCCACCCAGGAUUUCCCCAGGGAGACCCAGUACGUGGAUGACGAUUUCCCCACAGACUUCCCCGUCGUCGCUCCCUUCUUGGCCGACCUCGACACCUCCGGUGACAGAGGGAACAUCUACUACCGGCAAGACAACUCUCCGGAUGUGCUGGACCAGGCCGCGGGCUACAUCCAGGCUGGGUUCCCCCGCACCGCCGGCUCCUUCGUGCCCACCAACGCGUUUGUUGCCACCUGGGAAGACGUGGGCGCCUACCAGGAGCUCUCGCAGGACACCGAGCCCUCCAAGAAGCUCAACACCUUCCAGGCGGUCAUAGCCUACGAUGAUGAGGACACUUACGCCAUCUUCCUCUACCCCGACGGUGGCCUCCAGUUCCUGGGGACACGGCCCAAAGAAUCCUACAACGUCCAGCUGGAGCUGCCAGCCAGGGUGGGCUUCAGCCGGGGGGACGGCGACGAUCCGAAGAGGGACGGGCUUUUCCACAGCCUGGCCAGCAGUGAGCAGGCUUUGAGGCACCUGGAGCGGGAGAGCAACGCGGGGGUACCCGGCGUGUGGGUCUUCCACGUGGGCAGCGUGGCCCCCCUGGAUCACGUGGAACCGGGGGGCGGCGGGGAAUCCGGCCCCGGUGUGCCGCAGAGCCCCGUGCAUCACGGCCCCGGCACCGGCGACUACAACCGCGCGCUCUACAGCCGUGCCGACCACGCGUCCAUGGAGCUGCAGGCGCAGCACGGCUCGGAGGCCACGUCACCGCAUCCCGACCACGGACACCAUGCACCGGGUAUCGUCCCCGAGGGGCUGCCCGCAUCCCCGGGGCAGGAACGGAGCCGCCGGCUGCAUCCUGAUGGAGAUGGUGGUGCCCGGCAGAGCUACUCCGCCAACCCUUCUUCCUACAGCUCUGGGCAUCACGGUGUCGGCGUGGAGGAAGAUGUGCAUUUUAACCCUGACGUGUUCACCUACAGCGCGGCCAGCCAGGAGACGUGCGCCCGGCACCACGGGCGCUGCUCCCCGCACGCCUUCUGCACCGACUACGCCACCGGCAUCUGCUGCCACUGCCGGGCCACCUACUACGGCAACGGACGGCAAUGCCUGCCCGAAGGGGCCGUGCAUCGCCUCAACGGGAAGGUGAGCGGGAGCCUGACGGUGGGAAGGGCGUCCGUCCGCUUCCAGGAUGUCGACCUGCACGCUUACAUCGUGGGCAGCGACGGCCGAGCCUACACGGCCAUCAGCGGGGUGCCCCAGCCCGCUGCCCGUGCCCUCCUGCCCCUCCUGCCCAUCGGCGGGUUCUUCGCCUGGCUCUUCGCCGUGGAGGAGCCUGGCUCCGAGAACGGCUUCAGCAUCACCGGCGCCGAAUUCACCCAGAGCCUGGAGGUGACCUUCCACCCCGGAGAGGAGACGGUCCACAUCACUCAGACGGCCGAGGGGCUGGGGCCGGACAAUUACUUAAGCCUGAAGACACACAUCCAGGGCCAGGUGCCAUUUCUCCCGGAGAACGUCACCGUCCACAUCACUCCCUACAAGGAGCUCUACCACUACUCCAGCUCAGCUGUGACAUCCUCCGCUCAGCGGGAUUACGUCCUGGUGGCGGGGACCACCAACCAGACCUUGUCCUACCGCCUGCGCCAGAACAUCACCUUCGCCGGCUGCCCGUACGCCCGCCUGCCCGCCCGGCAGCGGCUGAGCGUGGCACGUGCCUUCGCCCUCUACGACGGCCAGGAACACGUCCUGCGCUACGCCCUGGCCGCUCGCAUCGGCUUGGCACCGGACAAUGCUGAGAAUCCCUUGGUGAACCCGUGCCAUGACAACACGCACGCGUGCGAGGCCACGGCGCGCUGCCAGCCCGGCGCGGGGAUGGAGUACACGUGCGAGUGCGCGGCCGGGUACCGCACGGACGGACGGGGCUGCCGAGACAUCGAUGAGUGCGCGGGGGGCCUGAGCCAGUGCGGCCCCUUCACCGUCUGCCUGAACGUGCCGGGCAGCUACCGGUGCGAGUGCCGCGGCGGGUACCGGCCGGCGGAGGACGGGCAGGCGUGCGUGCCGUUGGCACCGGCGAGCAACCCCUGCGAGGACGGGACCCAUCCCUGCGCGCCGGGGGACCGGGCACGCUGCCUGUCCCACGCUGGCGGCCAUCCCACCUGCGAGUGCCUCCCCGGGUACGCCGGCGACGGCAUCGACUGCUCCGACGUGGAUGAGUGUGCCGAAAACCCUUGCCACCCGGCCGCCGUCUGCUACAACACGCCAGGCUCCUUCUCCUGCCGGUGCCGGCCCGGCUACGAGGGCGAUGGCUUCCAGUGCGCGCACGGGAGCACGCAGCGGCUGACGCCCUGCCAGCACGAGCGGCUGUACCCACGGGCAUCGCUGCCGGGACCCUCGCCCGUGGGCGACGGGCACGUGCCCCAGUGCGACGAGGAGGGUCGGUACCGGCCCCUGCAAUGCCACGGCAGCACCGGGUACUGCUGGUGCGUGGAUGCCGAAGGGCAGGAGAUCGCCGGCACUCGGACGGCUCCGGGCAGCACGCCGCCUCGCUGCGGGACCCCAGAGCCCACAGAGCGGCCCCGCACCAUGUGCGAACGCUGGCGGCAGAGCUUACUGGAGCACUACGGGGGCAGCCCCCGCAGCGACCAGUACGUGCCGCAGUGCGACGCCGGGGGAGACUUCACCCCGCUGCAGUGCCACGGGGACAGCGGGUACUGCUGGUGCGUGGACGAGAGUGGCAGGGAGAUCCAGGGGACACGCUCGGAGCCUGGCAGCACCCCACCAUGUCUCCCCAGCGUCGCGCCGCCCAGCGUCCGGCCCUCGCCCCGGCCCGACGUGUCCCCACCGGCCACGGGGACCUUUCUGCUCUACGCUCAGGGACAGCAAAUCGGCUACCUCCCCCUCAACGGCACGCGGUUGCAGAAGGAGGAGGCGAAGACCCUGCUCUCCCUCCAUGGCUCCAUCGUGGUGGGGAUCGACUACGACUGCCGGGAGAAGACGAUCUAUUGGACUGAUGUGGCUGGCCGGACCAUAAGCCGGGCGAGUCUGGAGCCAGGCGCUGAGCCGGAGACCGUUAUCAGUUCAGGGCUCAUCAGCCCCGAGGGGCUGGCGGUGGACCACCUGCGCCGAGCCAUGUUCUGGACCGACAGCGGCCUGGAUAAGAUCGAGAGAGCCCGGCUGGACGGCUCGGAGCGGCGGGUGCUCUUCGACACGGAGCUCGUCAACCCCCGGGCCAUUGCGGUGGAUCCCGUCCGAGGCAACCUUUAUUGGACGGACUGGAAUCGUGAAGCACCCAAAAUCGAAACUUCCACUGUCAACGGAGCCAACAGGAGGGUCCUGGUGAAUAAGGACAUCGGCUUGCCCAACGGCCUGACGUUCGACCCCUUCUCCAAGCUGCUCUGUUGGGCAGACGCAGGAACAAAGCACCUGGAGUGCGUAUUUCCUGAUGGCGCAGGGCGGCGCAUCAUACAGAACAACCUCAACUACCCUUUCAGCAUCAUCAGUUAUGCCAAUCACUUCUACCACACGGACUGGAGACGGGACGGUGUGAUAGCUAUUGAUAAAGAAACUGGCUCCUUUACUGAUGAGUAUCUUCCAGAGCAGCGAUCACAUCUCUAUGGAAUAACUGCAGUUUAUCCUUACUGCCCUGGAGAUAUCCAAUUCUUUAUGCAGCAAGGAAAUAGUAACUGCUACUUCGAGAAACAUCAAUCUUUGCACCCAAAAGAACUUCAGACCCAGAAAACUGUCACUGCAUACAACUAA